AUGAAGAUCGUCUUGUUCGCGUGCGCGUGUUCCUUGCUGAUUUCCGUUCAGGCCAUCGGCAGAUACAGAGGAUUAGAGUUCCUGGACCCUUGCUCCAGCAGGGACUACAAUGUCGAGAGCUGCCUUGCUAGGUCGGCCAACGUACUCACCGAGCGCUUCCGCCAUGGUUUACCUCAACUGGGUUAUCCAGAGGUGGAGCCAAUCAUCCUGGACGAGCUGCACAUAGCUCUGGGCGGUGGAUCAGAUGGCUACAGGGCUCAGUUCAAAAACGUCACUGCCAGAGGAGUUUCCACGUUAAGAGUGACUGGUUUGAGGGCCAGGUUAUCAGAAGACGAGGUGCAACUGCAGUUGGCCCUCAGCAUCCCGAAAAUCAGAGCUGCUGCCAAGUACAGGUCCAGUGGCACUCUGCUUUUGGUGAAAGCCAGUGGAGCUGGCGAUUAUUGGGGCGAAUAUGAGGGUGUCAAGGCAAAGGUGUUCAUCAGGGCGAAGCCAUUCAUAGUUCAAGGACGACGUUAUUUGAGGCUGCAGCAACUCAAGAUGGACUUCAGCGUGCAGAAUAUCAAGAUGGGCGUCGAAAAUGUCCGCGACAGCAACGCCAUAAUUCUAGCCGCAUUGAAUCUCUUCAUUAAUACUAACAGCCAAGAAUUGCUAAAAGAGAUGAAACCGGAUUUGAGAAGGAAGUUAGUCCAAGUAAUGACGACAUUCGUCGAAAAGAUCUUUGCUCAGGUACCAUACGAUGCAUGGAUCAUGGACUAA